GUGUCCAAGUCUUGACUCAGUCUCAGGUUUUUGGGUACCCUAAAACCAUGCCGGGAAAUUUUCCAUUUUUAGACAGUGGAAAGAAAGAGGAGGGAAAAUUCAAAUUUCAUCAAUUCCCCCAAAAUUAGUUUCCAAACAACCCCCGCCUCUCUCUCUCUCUCUGUCUCUCUGUCUUCCAAAUUCCAACUGCAAUUUAUUCUAUCCAAAAAAUCUCACAACUCAAAUCUCUCAUAUUCAAUCGUCUUCCACACCGAAUUAGUAUUCAGUCAAAGUGUUACGGUGUUACCUAUCCCAUCUUAUCCUAUUCCAUGGCGCACGAUAGCGAUCUUCCCUGCGACGGCGAGGGCAUUUGUAUGGUCUGCAAGACGAAGCCGGCGGACAACGAAACCCUCACGUGCAAGACCUGCGUCACACCGUGGCACGUGACUUGCCUCUCCGCUCCUUCUCGUCCCAAAACCCUAGCUCUCGCCGUCCAAUGGGAGUGUCCCGACUGCUCUCCCGUCGCCGGCUCGGAUCCACAGCCGGGAAAGCCGGUGGGUUCCGAAUCGUCUUCAGGCGACCUGAUAGCGGCGAUUCGAGCGAUCGAGUCCGACGAUUCGCUGACCGAGCAAGAUAAGGCGAAGAGGCGCCAAGACCUGAUGAGCAGAGGCGCCAAGUCAACGGUUAUGGAGGAGAAGGAGAAGAUGGUGAAAGACGAUAACAAUGAUGUCCUGAAUCUGCUUGAUGAGAGUUUGAACUGCUCAUUUUGUAUGCUGCUUCCGGACAGACCUGUUACGACACCAUGCGGUCAUAAUUUUUGCCUCAAGUGCUUCCAGAAAUGGAUAGGGCAAGGGAAGCGCACUUGUGCAAAUUGCCGUUUUGCAAUCCCAGCCAAGAUGGCAAGCCAACCUCGAAUCAAUUCUACGCUUGUCGUUGCCAUCAGAAUGGCUAAGUUAUCAAAAUCAGCUGCUACUGGGGGCGCACCAAAGGUCUGUCAUUUUGUUCACAACCAAAACCGACCUGACAAAGCAUAUACCACUGACCGGGCAAAGAAGGCUGGAAAGGCUAAUGCUUGCAGUGGAAAAAUCUUUGUCACGGUCCCGCCUGAUCAUUUUGGACCGAUUCUGGCAGAGAAUGAUCCAGAGAGAAAGCAGGGUGUUUUGGUGGGGGAGUCUUGGGAGGAUCGGAUGGAGUGCAGGCAGUGGGGGACUCACCUACCUCAUGUUGCAGGGAUUGCUGGGCAGUGUGAUUAUGGCGCCCAGUCGGUUGCGCUCUCUGGAGGCUAUCAAGAUGAUGAAGACCAUGGCGAGUGGUUUCUCUACACAGGAAGUGGUGGAAGAGACCUCAGUGGGAAUAAAAGGACAAACAAGACACAAUCACAUGAUCAGAAGUUUGAAAAACUCAAUGAGGCGUUACGAGUUAGUUGUCGAAAAGGUUAUCCUGUCCGCGUUGUUAGGUCUCAUAAGGAAAAACGUUCCUCUUAUGCACCAGAAACAGGGGUUCGAUACGACGGGGUUUACAGGAUUGAAAAGUGUUGGCGCAAAGUUGGAAUUCAAGGAUUUAAGGUGUGCCGAUAUCUUUUUGUGCGAUGUGACAAUGAUCCUGCCCCAUGGACAAGUGAUGACCAUGGGGACCUUCCGAGACCUUUGCCCAUUAUUAAGGAGUUGAAGAAUGCAACAGAUAUUACUGAAAGAAAGGGAACUCCCUCCUGGGAUUAUGAUGAGGAAAAAGGUUGCUGGAUGUGGAAAAAAUCUCCACCAGAAAGUAGGAAACGAGCAGACAAUGGAAACCUAGAGGAUGGAAAGAGAACAAAAGUUAGACGUCAAACACAACCUAUGUCCAUAACGGAGAGGCUUUUGAAAGAGUUCAGCUGUCUUAUCUGCCAAAAUGUGAUGACUUCCCCCCUCACCACCCCUUGUGCUCAUAAUUUUUGCAAGGCCUGUUUGGAGGCUGCUUUUUCUGGUCAAACUUUCAUAAAACAGAGGACAUGUGAAGGGAGACGGACAUUACGAGCACAGAAGAAUAUUAUGAAAUGCCCGUCUUGUUCAAAUGACAUUUCUGAUUUCCUUCAGAAUCCACAGGUUAAUAGAGAGUUAAUGGGUGUGAUAGAAUCACUCCAGCGUCAGACUAAAGAGAUGGGAGAAAAUAUAGAGUCAAGUGAAGAAACUGACGGCACAGACGAGAAAUCUGAUGUGGUUGCUGGAGAUACUGAGGUCUGUGAUAAAAAUUUUGAAUUGUCGGAGGAAGAUGAAGGCAAACAAGGCAUUCUAAAUUCUCCAACCAAAAUUAAAGCCAAGCAAACAUACAAGGGGAAGGAAUCCCUUGAGAAGCCUGAUGCAGUGAAUGGUGACAAUGAUGUUAGCCCUGUGAAACCUCAAUUGUCUGAUAAAAAAGUGCAAGAAACUGUUGAUGGCAAAUCAAGGAGGACUUCUAAGAGAAAGAAGGCUACUGAUGCCAACUGCUCAUCAACUCUGGAUGCCGGUGUGAAAACCAGAAGCAAGAAGGCGAAACUGGUGGUUGACGACGAUGACUUUGUUGACCUUCCUCUGGUUAGUGUCUGAUUUUUUUGUUCGUGCCUUUUUUUUAUUAAGUCCUGAAGGUUAGUGCUUCUGAAGGCUUUUUGGUGGGUUGCAAAAUGAUAUUUAAACGCAUGUUCUUCUGUGUAAUUAUUCGACAACAUUGAAAAGGCAAUUAGUUUUUGUAUAACAUUUGCUAAAAUUUGAUUGUGUGCAAUGAUCUACUCAGUUCAGAAAAGAUGAUUGCUUUAUCCUGCCAUAUGAAAGAUGAAACUGCAUUUUUCAUUGGUUUGAGCUGAUUAAGGAUUUGCUUUGUAAAUUAGUUAUCCAAAUAUUCUAAUGGUUUGAAGUAAACUGUUUUUGAUAA